AAAAAUAGAUUUUGGUUAUACCCAGCCACGGUACAUAGCCACUGCGCAAUUCGCCUUGCCAACGUUAAAUUUAGGUUGCAUUUGAUGGAUUAUUUGUGAUGGACGCCAUGGAUUAGCUGACUAUGGAUAUCAAUGGCGGAGCAAGACGACGGCACCCGAGGCAGAGUCCGGCAGUGUUGAGGAGCAGAGGGGACAACUUGAACAUCGAUGCUGGGAAUGUCUCCGUGUAUGGAACGCAGAUCAUCAGCAACACUGAAGGCAGUUCACAGUGUGAUGAGCUGGCUGGCCAGAACAUUUGUUAUGGUGGGACCCAGAUUGUGCUCUCUCCACUACAAAAACACCAACAAGAUCGAUGGGACGAUGAAGUGAGUACUCACGUGAAGGGUUGUACCUGGACAAGUGUGUGCACUGCAGCCGACGAGCUUCUACAACUCCGCUCCACAGUCGUCAUUACCGGCUGCCCAGGUGAAGGCAAGACCACACUGGGGUACCUGCUGCUAGACAACUUGAGAAGGCUCAACUGGACAGUUUUUGUGCCUAAAACACCUGAAGAAUAUUUUGCCUGCAAAUUCACCAACAACACAGUCGUCAUGUUAAAUGACUUAUGGGGUGCAUUUGACUUUGAAGAAAGCAAUGUGAGGAAAUGGAUUCCUGUUCUUGAAGAUGUGAAAUCCAGGCUGGACCAGACAGACUCGGAGGCGAUGUUUGGCACCAGCGAGGAAAGGAUGGAAGCACGGCUUGUAAAACUCGUCUGUGUCAGUCGUGAAUACAUCUGGAAGGACACCAAGCCCAAACUUGGCAAAUUUGUCAACAACAUCUUCAGAAAUGACUCCAUAAUCAACAUCUCCAAAGAUAUGCAACUGCAACCAAAUGACAAAUUAGACAUCAUUAAAUCAUUUGAACAGAAGUUCAACCUGACACUAUCAAAGACUGUUUCUCAGAGGAUGAUCGACAUCCAGCUUCCUCAUGGGUUCCCUCACUGCUGUGAACUGCUCUUUAACCUCCAGGAAGCUCUCUCUGAUCCCGAGUCGUUUUUCCAACAUCCCAUCGCAUUUCUGAAUGAAACUCUCGGUCACAUCAUCCAGGACAAGUCUGUUGAGGCUGUCUUCAGCCUUCUACUGAAGCAUGAUGGGAGGUUCAACAUGCAUGCACUCGGCCAAAAGCUUAUCAUCAAUGAACGAGGUCUGCCCCCCAUCAAAACAAAGAAAAUAAGAGACAUCUUGAAACGUUUUGAAGGCAGUUAUUUCAGGAGAGAAGGCAGAUGUGUAACUUUUGCCCAUCCAUCAAUAUAUGAAAGCGUUGCCGCCACUAUUGGAUCAGUGAACCCAGCGUUCCUUGUGGAGUUCAGCAGUAUUACCUGUCUAAAGGACUGGUUGGUCAUAGGCAGUGACAAUUUCCAUCCCGGGUUGCCAGGUAACGUUAUUUCUGUAUCUGAGGAAACACUUCCUUUACUCAUAAAACGUUUUCUCACAGAAAUAGAAUCUGGCAACCUAUGUGAAGUUCUUUCACACAGUGUGUUUGGAAACGAAGAUUUUGUUGCAAAGUUUCUUGAAAGGACAAGCAUCCAAGACCUUAUCAACUCUGUGGAUGUUCAGUCAGGCUUGACAUUCCUCUUCUUAGCCUCCAGCUGUGGGAAGAAUACCUUUCUGGGGAACAUCCUCACAACAGGUCAUUUAUCGUCUGACGAGUGCACAGAAGCCUUGUGCGGAUGCUGUCACUAUGGCAACGGAGAAGGUGCUAUGCAACUGCUGUCACAAAACAUAGCAGGUGUUUACAGCUCAAAGAACAAGAAGGGUGACACGCCACUGAUCUGUGCAACAAGAGCAGGCAACUUGAACAUAUGCAGACUACUGGUGGAGAAAGGAGCGAGUAUGACAUCAGUCAAUGAAGAUGGGGAUUGUGCCCUGCAUCUGGCAGCCGAGUCCGGGAAUCAGGACCUCACGCAACUGUUGCUCAACAGAUCAACCCAGAACAUACAAAACAGAAAGGGUGAAACGGCUCUUCACAAAGCAGCAAUGGUUGGCCACAAAGGAACUGUGGACGUUAUCUUAGACAAUGAUGCAGACAUGAACCUGAAAACAAAUGACAGCUUAACUGCUUUGUACAUUGCCAGUCUGUCUGAAUUUGAAGAUAUUGUGGAGUCACUUCUUAGAAAAGGAGCAUCAGUAGAUUUGGAGAACAAGACAGGCAAUACAGCCCUUUUCCCAGCAGUAGAGGGAGGUCAUCGCCGGAUUGUCAAGCUGCUCCUUGGACAUGGUUGUGAUGUGAACCACAGAAACAUGUAUGGUGUUGCACCAAUCUACUACACCUGCAGAAACAAUGAUCUAGAUUUGUUUGAUCUGCUGGCUGCCAAUGGCGCCAACAUGGAUGUUGAGAACAAACAGGGUGUGACACCAAUCAUGGUGGCAGCCCUGUACGGGAAUACAGAACAAGCAAACAAAAUGUUUUCAGAAGGUGUCAGAAAGCAUCACAUAAACCAUGAUGGAGAGUGCCUGUUACACUUUGCUGUGCGAAGUGGCUCUGUCGAAACCGUCAAGUUGAUUUUGAACAAAGACUGCAAGUUAGACGUUCAAGAAAACGGACAGAAGACUCCAUUGCAUAUGCGUUAACAUUAGGCCACCUAGAUAUCGUGUCAGAACUGCUCUCCCGGGGAGCUGACACCAGCAAGGUAGAUGGUGACCGAAGAAGUGCUUUACACUUUGCUUGUUUUGGAGGACUGACUGAAAUUGUUGAAAUGUUGCU